AUGUUGCAUGUCUUUUGUGAUCGUUGCAUCAAGGCCAUCGACGUGGGAAUGAGACCAAAUACUUAUUUCGACAAAGCUAGUUGGAAAUAUUUGUUGACAUCUUUCAAAGAACAAACUGGUCAUGCAUUCACCAAGACACAACUGAAGAAUAAAUGGGAUGGCUGCAAAAAGGAUUGGAGGAUAUGGACGAACCUCAUUUUUGAAACUGGUGUGGGAUGGAGUAAUGAAUUAGGGACAAUUUCUGCAAGUGAUGAGUGGUGGAAAGCAAAAAUUCAGUUUGACAGAAUGUUCUCGAACAUUGUUGCUACUGGAGAGUAUGCAUGGGCACCAUCGUCUGAAGUCCUCUGUGAUGACAAUGUUGGUGUUGCUGAGGAUCAAAAUGCCAAUGAUGAACGACCUGAUUUGAAAGAAGGAAGCGGUGAUUCAGAAGAGGAUGGAAUUCCAAAUUUCACCGAGGAUGUUUGCAACAUGUCUAGAAGCAAUUUGAACGAUGAAAAUCCUUGUUCAGGACUUCAGGCAUCAGAGCUGGUCAGUCGGUGA